GCCUGCGGGCACGGGCUUUUCUGCCGCCGCGCUGUCCCCGGGCGGGCAGAGGCGGAGGCCGGGCGGCGCGGUCUUCCUCGCCAUGGGCUGCCGGGCGCUGCUGGGCUCCGUGGCGCUGCUCCUCCCGCUCCACCUGGUGUUCUCUGAGGAGCCCGUGACUCCAGCCAGCCAGAAGUGCAACACCAUCUACAAGGGAUUUGCCGAAUGCCUGAUCCGACUCGGAGACAGCAUGGCACAAAGCGUUCAGCAGCAGCAGGGCCAGGACAGCAACCAAGAGCAGCAGGAGCUGGAUACCAUCUGCAAAUCCUGGGACGACUUCCACACCUGUGCAACACAAGUGUUGUCCAGCUGUCCUGAGGAAGCAGCCAACAUCUGGGAGUCCCUUCGACAAGAUUCCAGGAAGACCCAGUUCCAGGGUAAUCUGCACGACUUGUGCAGCUCCCGAACCCAGCUGGCAGGCAAUGGGAGAGCUUCGGAUAUGGAUGAGACCAACAAGGAGACCUUGCGGGGAGCGGCCCCGCUGCCCCAGUCCAGCCUUGUGGGCGCCCUGACUCUUGUGGCUCUUACAGCUCUUGUGUCAUGCGCCUAACCUGGAAGCAAGGAGGAGACUUCCUCCCACUCUUGCUCACUGUGGUGCAGAGUGCUGGUCCAGCACUCCCCGCUUCCAGGGACAAUACUGAUGCAUUCUGAUGGCAGGGAUGGGGUGGCCCAUUGUGUGGAAGAGGCUGGGGGCUUACCUGUGUUGUACCUGCCCUGCCGGAGAAGCUGUGUUGUGUAAAAGGUGAUGCUCCUAUCCCUAUGCACUUUGUCUUUCAAGCUGGCACUUCUAACAGCUUAAACACUCUGCUCUCCUCUCCCCAAGCUUCUCCAUCCCUUCUUCUCUACCAGCUACUCCAAGCAGAUUUUGGGUGUCAUGAAAAAGCUACACAUUCUAAGCUAUGAAUUUACUCUGGCCAAGUUGGAUCCAGAUUGACAUAAAUCCCAGUAGUUUCAACGUGUCUGCUCUAAAAAUAACUAAAUAUGUAUUCAGUCCAGGGGGAUUGGGGGUAUUUUUACUGCCAGGGAAGCAGAGAGAUACUUUUGGAUUUUUUGCCUCAACUACCAAAUUAAUUUGGUUGACUUAGCAUACUAAGCUUUGCCUCACAUAACAGAGUAUCUUAGGUUUCCAUUGCCUACGUCACUUUCCGGCAUAUACUCCCCCUUCCUCAGAGACUUCCCCAGGAAUCUAGUGUCAAAGAUAUUGUUCUUCACUGGGAUCUUACUUGUUUUGGCUCCAAUUCCCAUUGGGCAGAAUUCUAUUCAGAAUCCAGAAUUCUUCAUAUUAAUAUAUUUAUUUAAUUUAUAUACUGCUCUUCUCCCCCAGGGGGACCCAGAGCAGUUUUACACAAUGGCAGAAUUAGAUGCCACAUAUAAUACAAAUGUAGUAAAACCAAAAAUAAAAUACUAUUAAAAGCUGGUAUCGAAAUAAAUUAAAACAAUAAAAACCAUGUGACCAUUACAACAGAGGCAGUAGAAUUGAGCCAAAGUCAGAGCCAGUCCGUGUUCGACUUCAUAUUAAUCCACAGAAUCCGUCAGGUCAUAUCAACUCAUAUCCUAGGAUGGGCCAAAAGCUUGGUCCCACAUCCAGGUUUUCAGCUGCUUCCUAAAAGCCGCGGAGCCACCACCGAAAAAGCCCUGUCUCUCAUCCCUGCCAACUGCACCUGUGACAGUGGUGGGACUGAGAGCAGGGCCUCACUCGGAGAUCUUAAUCUGCAGGACGGUCCAUAGAGGGAGAUACAUUCUGAGAAGUAAGUUGGCCUAGAGCCAUUUAAGGUUUUGUAGGCCAAAGCCAGCAUCUUUGAAGUCAUAUAUGAAGUCAUCUUAUAGGAAGUCAGACCACAGAUCCAUUGAGCCUGGUGUUGUCAAUUCUGACAGGCAGGAAUGUUUGUCUAGGGUUUCAGGGAGGAUCAUUUCCUAGUUUCACACAGAUAUUCCUGGUUUUCCCUUCCAGCACUAACCAGGCCUGAUCCUGCUGAGUUUAUGAAAUCAGAUGAGGUCCCAUGUGUUCAAAGCAGUAUGGUAGUUAAAUUUGGGAAGUUCCAGUCUUUAAAAAAAGUUAUUGAAGAGCUGGAGUCCCAGUUCUGCAGCAAAAAUGCUGAGUGUGACUGACAGAAUUAACAACCUCUUAAGACCCUUCUACACUGUCAUAUAAUCCAGAUUAUCUAAUAAAAUGAUCCACAAUAACUGCUUUGAACUUGAUUAUAUGAGUCUACACUGCCAUGUAAUCCAGUUCAAAGCAGAUAAUCUGGAUUUUAUAUGGCAGUGUAGAAGGGGCCUUAGACUAAGGGAGUGACUCUGGCUGUUCAAAUUGAACAAUGCUCCUCUGUUUGUGACCAAAUGAACCCCAGAUGUCCCCAAUGAAUUUGGGCAAGUGAGGAUCAGCAUGAGCAAUGUGCGCAGCAUGAGCAAUGUGCCGGAACAUUCUCCUGUGUAUUUAUUUGGUGUUUGGCCGUCCUGUGAGAUGUCCUGGAAGGAAAAGUUGCAUUUUUUGUUGGAUAGCAUCCCUUUCCUUUUCAUCUCUUCACUUUGCUUUUCUGCUGUCUGUAGUGUUCUCCCAUUUGGAGAGCGCCUUACAGCUUCAAAGAGCCAGAUAUCCUCACUGGUAGGUAUUUAUUUUAUUUAUUAUAUUUAUUAUAUUUAUUUAUAUCCCAAUUUAUCUCUUGAUUGAGACCCAAAGGGGUACACUUGAUGUGUGCUUUUUAUAUCAUGAUGCAUUCUGAAGCUUAGAGAUGUUACUUUUUUGGGAUUACAGCUGUCAGAAUCCACUGGGCGAGUUGUCAUCCAAAAAAGUAUUUAUUUUUUUCAAGCUCUCAUGCCUUUUAUCCACUGGACUCAACAGGAGAAUGGACCUGCACAGAAGAUGAUAAGUGAAAAGAAUCACUUAUCUAUCAUCUCAGUUGGCAUUUUCUGUCCCUGCAUAUGCUUAAAUGUACCUUCUGUGCACACUUCUGCACCAACCUGAUAGUGGAAAAGAGUGUAGGAAGUCUUGACCAUCCAGUUAGAAAACACCCACAAGAGAUGUUCAGGGUGCCUUCCUACGGGGGUCUGGUCUUCUAUCACAAAACAGUUCUGUUAUUGUUCUAUAGAGAAAGCGAAAGAAGUGAGCUGGUGAAAGUCUAAGGCCACCUGUUCACUGUUGCUAGCUGUUCAGAUGUAUCUCUAUAUUUCUAUUAAAGGGCACUUUUACAUUU